GCAAAAAAUGCAGAGGAAGGGGAUUUUUUGUUCAGUUCAGCAAUAUGAAUACAGCUUGGGGACCUCGUAUAUAAGAAGGACCGGAGUCAAAAAUACAGUAUGAUCUUAUGGAAGUGACAGACUGAACGGGAAGAAAAUCAUGAUAAAUCAGAUCAACCCUCUGUUUGAACUGGAAAUGAAAAUGAACAAAUCUGACCACUAUGAGUUUCAAAACAGCAAAGUUGACCAAAUCAGAACAGAAGUCGAAGAUUUUCAAAUGGAAAAAGAAAGAGGCAGUAAGAAAUGCAAGUAUGUGGCCACGGCAUAUCUCAUUCUUCUGACAGGUCUCAGUGCAUACCUUACCUACAAAGUGUUUGCCCUGCAAGGUGAAAUCCAUUCCUGUGUACACCAGCAAAACAGUACUUCAGAAUUUGUUAGUCUACGUCAGGAAGGCCAUCAGGAAGUUCUGUCUGUGCUGAAGAAUACCACACUGGAUGUAUCUGCACUAAGUAGAGACAUGGAGGAGCUGAAUACUUUGGUCAAAGGACAGGGAGGGAUAAGAUUGCUGCAAGAGCAGCUGAAUCUUGUCAAUAUCAGCACCAGGCUCCUGCAGAGCCAACUGGACAAUCUGAGUCUCAGACCAGGUUUACCUGGACCUAGAGGACCAAAAGGAGAUACUGGAGAAGCAGGUGCACGUGGUUCAAAGGGGGAGCAAGGUAUCAAAGGAAAUGCAGGCCUUCUGGGGAUUCCGGGUAUAAAGGGAGAGAAGGGGCAAAAAGGAGAACAGGAGAUCCUAGAUAAGCAACUCUUGACACUAUUGAACAAUAGUGGACUAGAGGGAUCUUCUCUGCGUAGAGACAUGCAGGAGCUGCAGGUUCGCUUCACUAACCUAUGUGAAGGAUCAGGAGGGAUUAACUGGCUAAAACUUGAGUUAGGUAAUGUGAACAUAAGCACCCAACUCCUGAAGAACCAACUUAACAGUUUGAGCCUCAAAUCAGGUCCACCUGGACCCAUGGGACCCAAAGGAAAUCCUGGAGUUACAGGUGUCCGUGGUCCAAAGGGCGAUCAAGGUGUCAAAGGUUCUGAUGGAAGUCAGGGGAUUCCAGGAAUCAAAGGGGAUAAGGGACAACUGGGGAACCAAGGCAUAAAAGGGGAACAAGGUCUAAAAGGGUCAUGUGGAGAACCAGGGGCCAAAGGAGAGAAGGGAAUUAGUGGCACCAGUGGGCCCCGAGGUUUCCAAGGAGAGAAAGGGAUAAAAGGAGACAAAGGAGAGAUUGGACAGUCUGUACGAGCAGCAAAUGUAAGAAUUGCUGGAGGAGGUUCCCAAGGACGCGUGGAGGUGUUUUACCAAGGCCAGUGGGGUACUAUUUGUGAUGAUAGCUUCGACGUCACAGAUGGAGGAGUAAUCUGUCGAAUGUUAGGCUACCAAAGAGCCGUCUCUGUGUCCACUGGGGCAGCAGGGUCUGGAAAAAUCUGGCUGGAUGAUUUGAAUUGCACUGGUACAGAAUCCUCAAUCUUUGACUGCAGGGCCACAACAAUUGGAACUCAUAACUGCUCCCAUAAUGAAGAUGCUGCUGUGUCAUGCGUAUAAUAUAUAAAUGUGUAUUAUAUGUGUAUUUGUAUGUAUGCAUGCAUGUAUGUAUGUAUGUAUGUGCAUUUAUAUUUACAUAUACAUAUACAUCAUAUUUUAAAUUGCUUCUUCAUUGCAUUUUAUUCCACCAUUAUUUUUUGCUAGGCUUUCUAUACUGUUUCAUAUGUCAGGUCUUUACUUUAGUAAAUUGCUCUAUUGCUUACAAAGCCAGUUUUAAUGCCCCCGUGUAAGCUCAUUUAACCAGUGACAUGCUUUUUAGAUGUUUUUUUGGUUCAGCUAUAUUUUUUGUAAUGCUUAAAAGGUUAAUCAGAUAUGAUACAUUUCCAUUGUGAGGAAUUAUUUAAAGAAGUAAUAUGGAAAGUGAAUGCACCUUGAUCUGUUUGGUGAUAGUAUUCGUAAAGUGAUUCUAAAAAAUAAUAAAGGAAGAGUUCACAUUA